AUGGGUCACACACCCACAGCGUUAGACAACCAGUUCUUCAUGUACUACAACCCAGUGGCACAGCCCUCCAUCGAAGCCAGCAACACCACAGUCACAGAACAUGAGAAUACCGUGGUCCUGACCUGCCGCACAAAUGACACUGGGAUCUCCAUAUGCUGGUUCUUCAAUGGCCAGAGGCUACUGCUCACAGAGAGGAUGAAGCUGUCCCCAGACAACAGCACCCUCACCAUCAACCCCGUCAGGAGGGAGGAUGCCGGGGAUUAUCAGUGUGAGGUCUCCAACCCGGGCAAUUCCAGGAAAAGUGACCCCCUCAGGCUGGAUGUGAAAUAUGAUUCAACACAAGGAAGUUCUUCUGGCUUCUCAGGUGGUGCUAUUGCCGGCAUCGUGAUUGCAGUCCUGGCUGGGGUAGCUCUGAUAGCACCCCUGGUGUAUUUCCUGUAUGUGAGAUAGACUGCAGGGGCAAGUGACCAGCAAGACCUCUCGGAGCACAAAUCCUCAGACCACAACCAGAGUCAGGGCUACUCUGACAAUUCACCCAACAAGCCAAUCGACGAAGGUGCAUAUUCUGCCCUGAACUUCAGUGCCCAGGAAUCAAAGAAACCAACUUCAGCCUCAUCCCCAACAGCCACAGAAGUGGUUUAUUGAGAAGUUUUAAGAAAAAAAAAAAGAAGAAGUGGUGGCUUCUUCAUCUACAUCUCUAGCCGGUUCUACUUCCCAGAACUCAUGACACUCACAUCCAAAUACCUUCUGAAAUUGCUCCCCAUCUGA